UUGUACGUCACUGAUGAAGUGGCAAUGAUGGAGGCUAGUCUGGAAUCAACAGCGAAUUCACUGCUGAAAGAUGAGUGCUACACUGAUUUCCUUAAAGAGGAUUUCGAUGUAAAGACAUACACAGCUCAAGCCAUUCAUCAUGCUGUCAUUGCAGAGCAGCUGGCAAAGCUGGCAGAGGGCAUCAGUCAGCUGGACAAAGAGCUGCACUGCCAGGUAGUGGCUAGACAUGAGGAUCUACUAGCUCAGGCAACAGGGAUCGAAUCUCUUGAAGGUGUCUUACAAAUGAUGCAGACCAGAAUUGCAGCUCUCCAGAGUGCUGUGGACAGGAUAAGAACCAAAAUUGUUGACCCUUACAAUAAGAUUGUGGCGCGGACAGCCCAGCUCGCCCGCUUACAGGUGGCGUGUGACCUGUUGAGAAGGAUUAUUCGCAUCCUGUACCUGAGCAAACGACUGCAGGGGCAACUGCAGGGGGGCAGCAGAGAGAUCACUAAAGCUGCCCAGAGCCUCAACGAGCUGGACUAUCUGUCCCAAGGUGUUGAUCUGUCAGGUAUUGACGUCAUAGAAAAUGACCUGCUGUUCAUCAGUCGAGCUCGUCUGGAGGUUGAGAACCAAGCCAAACGGUUACUGGAACAGGGCAUGGAAAUUCAGAAUCCAUCUCAGGUGGGAACGGCCCUACAGGUGUUUUACAACCUCGGCAAUCUGAGAGAGACCAUAAGAAGUGUAGUGGAUGGAUACAGGACAUCUGUGCAGGAGAAUGUUAUUAAUGCCCUGGACAUUAAAGUCCUUACUCAACCUGCUAACACUAGAGGUGCCCCUGGCAGAGCUGUCAUGCCCACUCCAGGGAAUACAGCUGCAUUUCGAGCUGCCCUUUGGACAAAUUUAGAGAAACUAAUGGACCAGAUCUGUGCUGCGUGUGGUCAGGUGCAGCACCUGCAGAAGGUUCUAACCAAAAAGAGGGACCCAGUGUCUCAUGUGUGCUUUAUUGAUGAGAUUAUCAAGGAUGGGCAGCCUGACAUCUUGCACACCUUCUGGAGUUCAGUCACUCAAACGCUCUCCGAGGAGCUGCAGAAAGCCACAGCUGCAUCAACCUUCCUGAAGCAGGCCCUGGAGGGAGAGUAUCCCAAACUCUUGAGGCUUUAUAAUGAGCUAUGGAAGAGGCUGCAGCAGUACAGUACAAGCAUACAGGGGGCGCUUGUGAGCAGUGGUGCAGGUCUAGAUGUGGAACUGCCAGUGUCAGAGCAUGAUGCUGAAGAUCUGUUCACCCAGACCAAACCAGACUAUGAUCCAGAGAAGGAUCUAAAGGACUCCCUUCAGCCAUAUGAAGCAGCUUACCUGUCCAAGUCUCUGUCCCGCCUCUUUGACCCCAUCAAUCUUGUGUUCCCUCAAGGGGGCCGAAACCCAUCCUCUAAUGAUGAACUUGACAGCAUCAUAAAAACAAUAGCCAGUGAGCUGAAUGUUGCAUCAGUGGAUUCCGGCCUGACGAUCGCAGUGGCCAAGAACGCCGCCAAGACUGUGCAGCUUUUCUGCGUCAAGUCAGAGCAGUUGCUGUGUACACAAGGGGAUGCCAGUCAGGUGAUCGGACCCCUGACGGAGGGUCAGAGGAGAAACAUUGCCGUGGUGAACUCUCUUUUCCGCCUGCAGCAAGCUGUGGCUAAAGUUAUAUCUGGACUGGGUACCUUCCCUCCUGCAGCAGAGCAAUUGCUCACAGCAUCUUUAGAGUCGGUUCAGGCUCUGAUGAGUAGCGCCGUUCAGCCACUGCUAAAUUCUGUUACCGACUCUGUUGAAGCAAUACUCAUUACUAUGCACCAGGAGGAUUUCUCUGGUCCUUUACCAGCAGGUGGCCGUCCGGACGUGCCAUGCUCUCUGUACAUGCGUGAGCUGCAGGGCUUCAUUGCACGAGUGAUGAAUGACUACUUCCGCCCGCUGCAGUGUCUGGACUUCCUUUACGAUAGUACAGAGAUCAUCGCCCAGCGCACCAUCACCGUCUUCAUCCGCCACGCCAGCCUCUUGCGCCCACUCGGAGAGGGAGGGAAGAUGAGGUUGGCGGCCGACUUUGCUCAGAUGGAGUUGGCCGUGGCUCCUCUCUGCAGACGGGUUUCAGACCUGGGGAAAGCGUACCGUCUCUUGCGAUCUUUUAGACCACUGCUGUUUCAAACGAGUGAGCACAUCGCUAGCAGUCAAGCGCUGGGAGAUUUGAUUCCAUACAGCACCAUAUUGCAUUUCCUGUUCACUCGUGCCCCGGCUGAACUCAAAUCACCACAUCAGAGAGCGGAGUGGUCAAUCUCUCGCUAUUCUCAAUGGCUGGAUGACCAUCCAUCAGAAAAGGACCGUCUCACUCUUAUUAGGGGGGCGCUGGAGGCAUAUGUGCAGUCUGUCCGAGCCAGGCAGGGGAAGGAGUUUGCCCCGGUGUAUCCCAUCAUGCUCCAGCUGCUGCAGAAGGCCACAAGCGUCUCAUAGGAUCUGCAAACAGAGACAUGUCUCAUCAGAAUAAUGUAGACAAUUCGUCAUAACAAUACACUUGUCUUCACCAAAA